AUGCAGUGCGUGGAGAAGAUGCAGCGAGUGGAGAAGACGCAGUGCGUGGAGAAGAGACGGAGAGCGGAGAAGACGCAGAGAGCGGAGAAGACGCAGAGUGUGGAGAAGACACAGAGAGUGGAGAAGACGCAGAGCGUGGAGAAGACGCAGUGCGUGGAGAAGAUGCAGUGCGUGGAGAAGAUGCAGAGAGUGGAGAAGACGCAGAGAGUGGAGAAGACGCAGAGCGUGGAGAAGAUGCAGAGAGUUGAGAAGACGCAGAGUGUGGAGAAGACACAGAGAGCGGAGAAGACGCAGUGCGUUGAGAAGAUGCAGUGCGUGGAGAAGAUGCAGAGAGUGGAGAAGACGCAGAGAGUGGAGAAGACGCAGAGAGUGGAGAAGAUGCAGAGAGUGGAGAAGACGCAGUGCGUGGAGAAGAUGCAGUGCGUGGAGAAGAUGCAGAGAGUGGUGACGACGCAGAGAGCGGAGAAGACGCAGAGAGUGGAGAAGACGCAGAGCGUGGAGAAGACACAGAGAGUGGAGAAGAUGCAGAGGGUGGGGGAAGACGCAGAGAGCGGAGAAGACGCAGAUAGUGGCGAAGACGCAGAGCGUGGAGAAGAUGCAGAGAGUGGAGAAGAUGCAGAGCGUGGAGAAGAUGCAGAGAGUAGAGAAGAUGCAGAAAGUGGAGAAGAUGCAGAGAGUAGAGAAGAUGCAGAGAGUGGAGAAGACGCAGAGCGUGGAGAAGACACAGAGAGUGGAGAAGAUGCAGAGAGUGGUGAAGACGCAGAGAGCGGAGAAGACGCAGAGAGUGGAGAAGACGCAGAGCGUGGAGAAGAUGCAGAGAGUAGAAAAGAUGCAGAGAGUGGUGAAGACGCAGAGCGUGGAGAAGACACAGAGAGUGGAGAAGAUGCAGAGAGUGGUGAAGACGCAGAGAGCGGAGAAGACGCAGAGAGUGGAGAAGACGCAGAGCGUGGAGAAGAUGCAGAGAGUAGAGAAGACACAGAGCGUGGAGAAGAUGCAGAGAGUAGAGAAGACGCAGAUAGUGGCGAAGACGCAGAGCGUGGAGAAGAUGCAGAGAGUGGAGAAGAUGCAGAGCGUGGAGAAGAUGCAGAGAGUAGAGAAGAUGCAGAGAGUGGAGAAGAUGCAGAGAGUAGAGAAGAUGCAGAGAGUGGAGAAGACGCAGAGCGUGGUGAAGACGCAGAGAGUGGAGAAGAGGCAGAGAGUGGAGAAAACGCAGAGCGUGGAGAAGACACAGAGAGUGGAGAAGAUGCAAAGAGUAGAGAAGAUGCAGAGAGUGGAGAAGAUGCAGAGAGUAGAGAAAACACAGAGCGUGGAGAGGAGGCAGAGAAGACGCAGUGUGUGGCGAAGACACAGAGAGUGGUGAAGACACAGGGAGUGGAGGAGACACAGAGAGUGGUGAAGACACAGAGAGUGAUGAAGACACAGCGGAGAAUACACAGAGAGUGGAGAAGACACAGGGAGUGGAGGAGACACAGAGAGUGCGGAGAAUACACAGAGAGUGGAGAAGACACAGAGAGUGGUGAAGACGCAGAGAGUGGUGAAGACACAGAGAGUGGAGGAGACACAGAGAGUGGAAGAGACACAGAAGACGCAGAGGGUGGCGAAGACACAGAGAGUGGAGAAGACACAGAGAGCGGAGGAGACGCAGAGAGUGGAGAAGACGCAGAAGACGCAGAGGGUGGCGAAGACACAGAGAAUGAUGAAGACACAGCGGAGAAUACACAGAGAGUGGAGAAGACGCAGAAGACGCAGAGGGUGGCGAAGACACAGAGAAUGAUGAAGACACAGCGGAGAAUACACAGAGAGUGGGGAAGACGCAGAAGACACAGAGAGUGGAGAAGACACAGAGAGUGGAGAAGACACAGAGAGCGGAGGAGACGCAGAGAGUUGAGACGAGAGAGUGUGAGGAGAAGACGCAGAGAUCUGAGAAGGCAUUCUAAUAAUUAG